CACACGCGCCCUCACAGCGGAAUAAGAAACAGUACUAUCUCAGCUGAAAUAUCCCAAACAUCUUCGCUCCUAACAUGCAUUGCUUUUAAUUUUCAACUUCCAGGUUUCAAGUCUUCAUUCACAUCGUUCCUGUUUCCUGCGUCUGUCCCUCUUCAUUUCGCGGUCGCGAUUUAUUCCCGUUUUUGGAUAUGGUAGGCUAUCGAUCGCUUGCCGCCCUGCCUAUUUUGUGGCUUGCAUUGGAGAAAUGACUCAGGAUAGAACAUGGCUGUACUAACGUAGAUGCCAUUUCCCCCCCCUCUUUUUUUGUUUCCUCUGUAAAAAAUCCUGUGAUCAAAUGGAGACUGUGCCGGUGCUGCUAUGAGUUUUAGAUUUUCAUAUCAUACUUUGAAUGUACUGAUCUCUGCUAUAAGAUCGAAAUUAUUGAUGUGUAACUUAGGACUCCAUGAAAGGAUUUAACAUGUUCUAGAUGUGUUUUUGUGCCAUUGCAGUAAAUUCUUUGUUGUUUAUCAUUCUAAAAGAUACACCAGAAGUAAAAUUUGGGAUUGAGGAGAGUUGCCUGGUUUUUGCAAGAGUCUCAUCAUGUUGAAUAUUGAUCCAUUGCUAUUCCAGCCCAAAGUUAUUCGCAUGUCGACCACAUCUAAUAUCGGACUCCCGGGCCAGCAUAUCAUCCGUACUACAGAAUUCAGCAAUUCGCAGGUUAUGACAGGAACAGCUGCACAAGUACACAAUGAGGCCAACAAUAAUAUUUUAAAUUCAACUCAGACCGAGCCUACUAUCGGAUAUACAGCCAGAACCAGAGAUUUACCUCGAGAUUACAGAAACUUCAAUGAGAUGGACCCUACGCUUCACAUUGAGCAAGAGAUGGACGAAAGAGAAUCGCAACAUGUUGAUUGGCCUUCUGAACAAAUGUUUUGGGCCGGCGAUGGCAAGACUUCAGAUAAUUCCACUUUGGAUCGAAUCGCCCAUCAAAACUCAGCUAGUAUAAUGAGCUUUCAAUCCACUUUAUCCAGCAGCUCUGCAUCGGCCAGUUUCCAUUCACAGCUUUCUGAGCAGUCUGAGUCCAAGGAGGAGUUGAUUAGUUCCCUGUUGAGCAAAGUACGCUCUCAUAAUAAAGUAGAAGCCAGUAAAAUUCUUUUAGCAAUGUCAAAUUCCGUUGAAAACUGCGUCGCCAUGAGACAGUGUGGCUGCUUACCUCUUUUGAUCCAACUUCUCCAUAAUCCCGAUGAAAACUCAAACACUUACCACAUGGUUCACGCAAAGAGGGUGAACUUCGAAAUACGGGAGAGGGCAAGCCAAGUCCUGCACAACAUAGUUUUCUCCCAGCCUGAUGACAAGAAAGGCCGGAGAGAAGCGAGGGUCCUUCGUCUUCUCGAACAAAUCAGGGAUUAUUGCGACAUGCUGAGAAGUCUUGACGCUGUCAUAGAUGACAAUAGGAAUGCUCGUUGUGUAGACCAGCACCUUGGUCCGUCAGUAGCAGCACUGAUGAAAUUGUCAUUUGACGAAGAACACAGAUAUGCAAUGUGCCAAUUAGGUGGUCUUCAGGCCAUCGCUGAGCUGUUGCAGAUAGACCAUGAAGUACAUGGUUGUACCAACGACCAGUAUUGCAUCACCAUCAGACGAUAUUCUGGAAUGGCCUUAACUAAUCUUACUUUCGGAGAUGGGGCAAACAAAGCUUUGCUGUGUUCGAUGCGACCCUUCAUGGAGGCCCUUGUGGCUCAACUCUAUUCUCCUAGUGAAGAUUUGAGGCAGGUGACAGCCAGUGUGUUGAGGAAUCUAUCUUGGCGUGCUGAUCCAGCAAGCAAGCGUAUGCUGCGAGAAGUUGGCGCUGUCACUACUCUUGUCAAAGCUGCCAUGGAAGCUGAAAAAGAAUCAACAUUGAAAAGCAUACUUUCCGCAUUGUGGAAUUUAUCCGCUCACUGCAGUGGGAAUAAAGCAGACAUUUGCUUGGUGGAUGGAGCUCUAGCAUUUCUCGUUAGCACACUAACCUACAAUAGCAAGUCCAAAACACUAGCCAUUGUGGAAAAUGGAGGAGGAAUCCUUCGCAACGUGUCCAGUCACAUUGCUAUCCAGAACGAUUACCGUGUAAUACUUCGAAAACAUAAUUGCCUCCAAAUACUUUUACAACAUCUGAAAUCUCCCAGCUUGACCGUUGUUAGCAAUGCCUGCGGCACUCUUUGGAAUCUGUCUGCCAGAAACGCCGUUGAUCAGCGUGCUUUGUGGGAAAUGGGAGCCGUUAGCAUGUUAAAGAAGCUUAUCAAUUCGAAACAUAAGAUGAUAUCUAUGGGAAGUUCCGCAGCGUUGAAAAAUUUACUCUCUGCUAAGCCACCUGGUGUCAGUCUCGGCCUGUGUGUUCACAGCGAUAGUUACAAAGGAUGUACAGAUGUUCCAUCACUUCAUGUCCGUAAGCAAAAAGCUUUGAGUACAGAAAUUGAUCAAAACCUAGCAGAAACCUAUGAUAAUACUGACAGCCCCAAAACAAGCCCUGUUAAACAAGGAGUUCAGGACAAAACUAGAGACAGAUCAAGAAGACACAUAUCGCCUUCCGCAAGAUAUAUGACAGCACAAAAACAAAGGAAUGAUUUGAUGAGCUUACAGAAUCGACCGGCAGGUAGUGAGAAAUUGAACUGUACUUACGUUGUAGAGGAGAAACACAAUGGAGCUUUUCAGGUGACAAAGAAUGCAAAACAAGCAUUGAAUUUUAGGCAAGGGCAAAAUAGAUUUCAGGCAGACGUAAAGGAAAAUUAUCAGCUAUCAGAGGCUUAUCAGUAUGAUGCCGAUAAAAACACUAGUGAAAAUAGUUAUGAGCUUUCGAAACUGAAUUUGGGAAGAAGCGAUAAACAGGGAUUAGCAUCUAAUGAACAAAAUUUUACAAAAACCAGCAAGGUAGAAGAUGCCACUUCCAGAAACGCAUCACCAAUGCAUUCUGUCAAAAAAGAGAACAAAGCUACAGAACACCUCACAAAUGUUCGUAAGUCAAGAAUCAUGAGUCGAGAAGAACAAAACCAAGCGCAAGAAAAUAUACCUAAACCUGCUGCUGACUCGAAUAGUUACCAUCUUAAACCUGCCCACGAAAGCAAGAUUCCGCUUCCAAGAUCCAUGAGUAGAGGAGAUGCUCAGAGAAGUCAGAGUGCGUCUCCUGUGGCUCAGAGAAGGGCUCAGUCUCAACGACAACAUAGCUCUCAGAUUGUAAAUUCACGAAACGUCGAUAUCACAGUCACGCAUCCCAAAUAUGCAUGGAACGCUAGCUGCGAAAAGGAAGACAAUGAUCCUGAACAGACUUUCAAUAUGGGUAAAAAGUUGUUUAAAGAGAAUAAUUCUUAUCAAGCGUCCGCUGAAUAUGGUAAAUUUGUCGAGCCUUUUGCUGCUGGUGCACCACAGGCAGAAGAUUACAGCUAUAGUAGCGAUGAUGAAGUUAAGGUAUACAAUACGGAAAACACUCCUUUAAACUACUCUCGCAGAUCUUCCAUGACAGAUUUAGAGGAUGCGGUGGCUCCUUCUCGUUGUUCGCUGAACAUUAAAACCAACACGAACGUUAAGUUGAUGAUGAAAAAUCAUCCACUUCUAACUAAUACAGGUGGCCACAGAAAUGACGAAGAUAAUUUAAGACUUUUCGAGUUCAGGAAUGCGUCAAAAGAUGAUCGCUUCUUUGAAGGAGGAAAGACGGUCGAUUUCUCAGUACAAAGCGAUUACGAUUUCGAUGAAACUCUUUCAAUGAUGUCUAGAAGCAGUUCUGUUGCAUCAAUAAGCAGCUUCGAUCAGCAAUCGUUCCAUGAUGAUGAAAGUUUUGCAUCUGAUCUCAGCCAUCGGACUAGUGGCAUCGAGUCUCCUAGCGAAUUAUCAGAUUCGCCAUGUCAGACCGUUCCAUGCAGUCCUCAGAAAACCCAAGCCUUUGUAAAAUCUUCCUCCUUCGCCAGAGACUCAUCUGACGACGUUCAGAUUACGUCAUCUGCAAGCCAAGGAAUUGAGGCACAUCGGGGUAUAGCUGAUGAUGAAGUAGAACACACUUUAGACCGUCUUAAAGAAGAUCUGGAGGAGCAUCGUGUUAUUCAAAAUGAUAUUGUUAGGGCAGCUGAAAGGGAGCCAUUGUUCAUUCGUCAGGAAGCUAAAGAAACGAGUAGUCUAUCUGCGGAAAAUGAAAGCGAUUUGUCAGUUGAAAAACUGGUCUUUGAUGACAACAUCGGUACAACUAACGGAACUGUUGAACAUUUUCCUUCAACCAAAGAAAUAGUUGCCACUAAAGCCCAGAUUGCAGUUCAAAAUGAAAUUCUGGUCUCUACAAGUACCGUAGAAGCAAAAGAUUUGACGGUCACCGCAGAGCAGGGGGCCUCAACACAUCGUUCUGUAAGUCCCGCUAGCAUUAAUUCCGUUGAAGAUUACUCUCCGGAUGAGAGGCUAAUGCUCGAAAAGUGCAUUCUAGCUGGUUUGCCUCAGGGAGAUCAGAGCCAAGGUGCUCGACAGAAAACCCCACAACUCACUUACCAGUUGCUUCGCGACACCAUUGAAAGGCACCCCAAAGCUUGCAGCUACGAGAGCGAGCGAGGAAUGCUGCUUCGAAAUCUGGAAGUGAAAGAUAAGGAAUACGAGAGCUUUUCAGAAAACGAAGAAAAAGGAAAAGAAGACGAACGCAAAGCUGAGAAAAAUAGAUUAUUUAGAAUACCUGAGUCACCUGUUGAUAAAAAAUCUCAGGAUUUAGAUGCGAGUAAGAAACACUACUUUCCAAUAGAGAAAACUGAAUCAGUUAUUGAAAAUGUUGGUUCUAUUACGUAUAAAAAAAUACCAAUUGACCAGAAAGGCAAUAGGAGGUUCGAGAAGCAUCAGAAUUAUCACGAAAAACCCAAAUCAGCUAAUGUUAAGCCACAGACAGUACCAGAACCAGUCUCUCAGCUCAGUUUCUUAAUGAAUAAUAAAAAAACUAUUUCAUUUGAUGAGAACAGAAUAAGCAGUAAUCAAAUUUCUAACAACAUUGAACAUGAUAACAAAUUGAGGUCAGAGAUGAAAGUAGACAUGGGGGAAUCCGUUGGAAAGAACAAAAUGGCCAUUAUCUCAACGAACAGUUCUUUGUAUAAUCAAGAUUCUACUUCUCUUGGCAAUGAAAGCCAACAACUUAUUGUAAAAGAACCAAAAGAAGACACUGUUUUAGCUAAAGUAGGUCUUUUAAAAGAAUGCAAUGAAAAAUUCAAUAAAGAGUCUGAGGCUGUGUCUUCAGACAUAAUAGAAAAAAAUACAAAUGAACUGUUUGAAAAAGAUAUUGAUUGUUGCGAAAAGAAAGACGCUAAAGAUUCUGAAGACAUUAUGCUGACCUCUAGUAUACUCUGCGAAGCUAAAGAAAUAGCUGAAGCAUUGCUUGGUGCGAGAGUUGACAGCACAGAAGAUAUGACAGUGAGCACCCUCAGUUGUCUUUCCGACAUUGACAAUGCUAGACCUCCAUCCGUUAUGGGAGAUUUAGGUUCACUUAGCAUGACUAAUAGUUCUAUUUCGGAAGAGAAUCUGAAGGCUGCAGUUUCUCGAGAGUGCCAAAAAAUUCUAGGUAGAAGUUACGGCAAACAGAUUUCCUCAUCAAAGAAAUCUCUUUUACGAGAAUUACAAAUUGGGCGCCUCAAUUCAAAUGAUAGCUCAAAGGGAUCUAAUGAAUCUCCAGAAAAUCUAAGUAUGAAAAGCAGUUCUACUUCUGAUUUAUUAGGCAAUGUUAAUCCUCCUUCCAUUUUAGAUGAUAUCUCUUUUACAGCAAGUACGGGUAGCUUGAAUGGUAUUGAUGGCAGUGAUUCUGAAUGCGAUCCGGUGCCACCGGUUAUAGGCCCUUACUCAUCUAAUCAAGAUAGUAUGUCAGAACGUAUGCACGAUGCAGCAGCUAUGGCUCAACUGUAUGCUAAAGAAUUGUCUAAUAUUACCGGGAAUAAUGUUAAAGAUUCUAACUGCAUUGACGCUUUAUCUAAGAUAAAAAUGCCAACUGUAGUUCAAGACAUCAUGGAGGUUGCAGAUAUAACAGAAAUUGGCUGUGAUACAAUAGGAUCUGAUACAGAAUUAGAAGAUGAACUUCCAUGCGAUGAUGAGGAAACUGGUUCUGAAACUCUCCAAGCACCUAACCCGUCUUCCUUGUCGAAAGACGAUCCAGGUGAUGGAAGUACAGAAAAUUUAACUCUCACAUUAACUGAAGAACAACCAAGAAUAGAUAUGUCACCGUACCUCGAAUUCAAGAAAGAGAAUGGGUGCUUCAUGACUUCAGAUGAAUUCAGAGCACUGCAGGAAAAUGCUGAUAUGAUUCUGAACACUUUGAGAGAAGUUGAAAUCUCAGAUGAAGAUACAGGUGGCAUUUCAAAUGGUGACAUGUUGGAAGAUGAAACUAUGUCUUUAGUAUCCAAUGAAUCAGACGAAGAAUUCCUGUCACCUGAUGGAACUGUAAAUCAACAUGUUUCCAAACACUCCCCUAGAAGUGAUUUUAUAUUGUCUCCCACAUAUAACGGUAUGGUCAGCUUACCCCAAAGUUCUACUAAUGCUCCUUCUCGGUUGACAAACAGAAAAAAAUCUUUGCCUCAGCUUUCCACCAAAAAUAAAUCACUUUCUAAUGGACUUCCACAAACUGGUAAUCAAAAUCUUAAAAAUAGAUACUCAUAUCCAGAUUCUUGUGCAAACAUAAAACAAGAUGACACAGCUGAAGAAUUUACUGGUUAUUCAGAAAGUAUAAGAAAAUUGCCUGUUUCCCAAAAAUUCAAUCAAGUGUAUAACAAUGAAAAUAGUGUUUCUAAAAUUAAAGCUCCUACUGCAACUACAAAAAUCCCUGCAAAUAUCAAUAUUGCAACAAAUUACUCUCAGGUACGUAACCAAGACUAUUCUUUAGAAACUUCUGAAGAUGGUGGCUUCGAUAGUCGCACAUUUACUAGAAAGAAAUCAACAAUACCGAAGGAUAUGAUACCAUCUGUCCAGCCUACCUCUGCCCAAGGCCCCACAAUGAGAAGCCCUUCUGCAAAUAAUCCUCCAUUUUAUCCGGGUAGCUCAGAGAAUAUUUCUAGCUCCAGAUCUGACCUUCAUAAAGGAGUUUCUAGUAAAAUUGCCUCUGUAUGGAAAAAUUCCGGUAAAACACGCUCAAAGAGUGCUGGAGAUUCUAAUCGGAAUGCAAAAUUGAGGUUAGAAAAAACAUCAUCUGCUGGAAGCAAUUCAUUUACAUCUUCAAGAGACGAUGACAAAAAUAGUCCAAAGCAAGUUCAAAGGCAAUCAUCUCAAACUCCUUCACCCAAAUCACCCUUAAGCAGAAGUUCGACGUUCGAAAAAUUAAAUGAUGAAGAAGGUUCCACGUCUCCUGCAGCAAGAAGACCAAGUUCCUUAGCAUUAGCUCAGAAAACAUGCUCUCCCAGGCAUGCUAAAGGAUUACCUGUUCCCCAAAAGAGCUAUGGUAUUUCGCAAAAACAGACCGUUGAGAGUGCUACAAAGCCAAGGAGUGCAUUAUCUCGAACUGAAGAUCCUAAAAGAAUGCCACUCUCUGAGGCCACUCUUUUAUCGCCAACUUCUCACUCCGGUAUUAGUAACAUUCCGAAAAUGCAGAACAAAGCACAAGCUUCUCUCAUUCCAGGUCGUAAAUCAAUGAUCCCGACGCCAGCCAAGUUCGGGGUGCCAGAAAAUUAAAAUGUCACGACGUUUAUUUAUUUAUUUAUUUGUUUUAGUUCUAGUCUUUUGGAUUUUUUGUAUUCCAGAAGCAGCUGGAGAAAGUGCUUAGUUGGAAGAACUUCCAUGUGCCACCAGCAUGUAGUUCUGUUUGUCGGGAAAUAUACUUUUAAGUGAUUGAUGGCUCCCAUAAUGCUCAUCGUUCUUAAAGUACAAUGAUUAUACUACGAUAAAAAAAAUCAAUUUGAGAGACUUUUGCAACUUGAGAAUAAUGGAUUGGUAUUAUAGGUUUAGGUAAAUUCCAGCUUACUGACAAAACUUAGCCAACAUUUGCAACAUGUGGACCCUGAAACUUGGAAUUAGUGUACUUUUUAAAAUUAACCAAUGUAUUAAGGAAACAAUUCACUUCAGUUAGUCCUUUUUCUCAGAUAUUUGAACCAGUACCGAGAUUGUCUAGUAUUAAAAAGUGCGUUCACUAGAGUGUCUUGUGAAAAAAAUGUGCUUUGUCAUGGUGCUUUGAAUGAUAAGAUUGUAUGAUGUAUGUACUAAGAGCUAUUUAUUACAUGCUCAUAAUAAUGCAAUUCUGUUGUAACAACAAUGUGAAAGUGUUUGUCUUUUGACUCAUUUGUGUCAAAGGAAGUUGUCUGAUAAAUAACUAAAUUAUACUAAUAAUUAUAUGGGAAACAUUUGGAAAGUUAGUGUUUCCUCUCUGGAAAUUUGAAUAAGGACCUUUUCUGGAAAAUAUUUCGGUUCUUUAGGCAUUUCAAUAUACUAUAAACGUUAAAUGUCAUAUUUACGAAGAUCCCUUUUAGGUUUUUUAAAAUUAUAUGCUAAGUAUAAUGUAUAAAUAUCAGAUUUAUUUUUGUGUAGUCUGAAUAAAUAAACCUAUGCUUUAAUUUUUAUAUUUUAAGCAUGACUUAAGUUAUCAUGCUCGUAAAAUUUACUCUUCUUACUCCGCAAGUACAGUAACUUUCAUUUUUCUCAUUUUUAGAUUCUUGAUAGAAAUUCGUCUUAAAUUUAAAUAUACUCUUGUUUAAUAAUGAUAUUUUUGGUUUACUUUAUCGUAGGCGUGAUUAAGUACUUCUAUAUUUGUCCAAUAAUUCUCAUAUUUUGCUUUGUUGAUUUUUUCUAAAUUUUAUUUUUAUUUCUAAAAUAUACUUAAAAAACAAUUAUUAUUAUUUCUAAAAUACCAUGUAUAGUACUAUUCGGUUUUGAGGGCAG